AUGGCCCAGCUCCCGUCGAAAGUGCACAUCACCUCCCACCCCAUCUGUCUGAGGAUCCGUGGGCCCUUGGUGUACCAGGACGAGACGAAGCGCAUGUGGCUGCAACUCGACAUAGAAACAGGAGGUGUCCGGCAAGUACGGUUGCGCCAGGAAGACAUCCCCAGUGGACAUAUCGCACUCACAACCAGCCCAGAGACAUCGAGCACUAUGCGGUUCCAUUGGACGCUCAACCCUGGAAACCAGUACCUGGACAGCGUAGGCCGGUUCUGGCACAUUGUGCACCACAUCAAGGAGGAUGGAGUGGAGGAAAUGAUCCUUGAGCUAAUGGACGACUCAUAG